UCUUUAGCUGUUUCAAGCAUCUCGAAAACGACGAAAACAACGGGCUAGUGUCUAGAGAAGUGUAAUUGUCCGAUUGCGCCGCAAUUUUUAUAAUCCGGGUUUCGUCAGAUGAGGAAUGAACGUGAUUAAUUAUUUAGACUUAUUAUAAAGGGAUCAAAAUUUAAAGUACUUAUAGCAGCAUGGCAACUUUAGAGCAGCAGGCUUCCAAACUUUUAGAUUUCAAUCAAAAGUUAGAUAUAAACUUACUGGAGAAUAUUGUCGGAUGCUUCUAUUCCACUGUCGGAGACCAGCAACGCGUCGCACAAGAAAUAUUAACCGCCCUUAAAGAGCACCCAGAUGCCUGGACUCGGGUGGAUACUAUUCUUGAAUAUUCUCAAAAUCAGGAGACAAAAUACUAUGCCUUGCAAAUAUUAGAACAAGUUAUAAAAACACGAUGGAAAGUGUUACCCAGGAACCAGUGUGAAGGUAUCAAGAAGUACAUUGUGGGACUGAUUAUUAAAAACUCUUCGGAUCCCGUUACAAUGGAAAACAACAAGGUAUAUUUAAAAAAAUUGAACAUGAUCCUCAUUCAAGUUCUCAAGAGAGAAUGGCCUCACAACUGGGAGACUUUCAUAAGUGAUAUUGUUGGAGCUUCAAAGACUAAUGAAAGCUUGUGUCAAAAUAACAUGGUAAUUUUAAAACUUCUGAGUGAAGAAGUGUUUGUGUUCAGUGCGGGCCAGCUGACCCAGACUAAAGCCAAACACUUGAAAGACACCAUGUGCUCUGAAUUCAGUCAGAUAUUUACUCUCUGUCAGUUUGUUCUUGAAAAUUCACAGAAUGCACCUCUGGUUGAUGCAACUCUUCAUACACUUUUGAGAUUUCUGAACUGGAUCCCCCUUGGGUAUAUUUUUGAGAUGAAAUUAAUAAGCACACUAAUUUUCAAGUUUUUGAAUGUUCCCAUGUUCCGGAAUGUAACUCUCGGCUGCUUGACCGAGAUUGCCGGGGUCACUGUUAGCAAUUACGAGGAGCAGUUUGUGGCUCUUUUAGUACAGACCAUGGAACAAUUGGAGGUAAUGCUGCCUACAACCACUAACAUUCGUGAAGCUUAUGCGGCAGGUAGAGAUCAGGAGCAAAUUUUCAUACAAAAUCUUGCUAUGUUCCUUUGCACCUAUCUGAAAGAACACAGUCAGCUCAUUGAGCGUAGAGGUUUGACCAACACUUUGAUGAAUGCACUCCGCUACCUUGUAUUAAUAUCCGAAGUUGAAGAAGUUGAAAUUUUCAAAAUUUGCUUGGAAUUUUGGAAUGCACUAGUCGCUGAUUUGUAUAAGAUUGCGCCGUGUCAGCACACUGGAGGACUGUACAGUUUAGGAAAGAAUGUUGGAAGAAAAGCUUUGUAUGCUGAUGUACUGAGCAGUGUGCGAUACCUUAUGAUUUCGAGAAUGGCUAAACCGGAGGAGGUUUUAGUUGUCGAGAAUGAAAAUGGAGAGGUAGUCCGAGAGUUCAUGAAAGAUACAGAUUCCAUCAACUUGUACAAAAACAUGAGGGAAACUUUAGUGUACUUGACUCAUUUAGACUAUCAAGAUACAGAGAGAAUAAUGACAGAAAAACUGCAGAACCAGGUGAACGGCUCUGAAUGGUCAUGGAAGAAUCUUAACACCCUCUGCUGGGCUAUAGGUUCUAUCUCGGGAGCCAUGAUGGAGGAGGACGAAAAGCGUUUUCUGGUUGUCGUGAUCAAGGAACUUUUAGGCCUCUGUGAACAAAAGAAAGGGAAAGAUAACAAAGCUAUCAUAGCCAGUAACAUCAUGUAUGUUGUAGGUCAGUAUCCUCGUUUCCUCAGAGCUCACUGGAAGUUUUUGAAAACUGUGGUCAACAAACUCUUUGAGUUCAUGCAUGAGACCCAUGAUGGCGUACAAGACAUGGCCUGUGAUACUUUCAUUAAAAUUGCACUCAAAUGUCGCCGUCAUUUUGUGACAACACAGGUGGGCGAAGCCUGUCCGUUUAUUGAGGAAAUAUUAAGUACAAUAAACACUAUAAUCUGUGAUCUACAAACUUUGCAAGUUCAUACAUUCUAUGAGGCCGUUGGCUAUAUGAUCAGUGCCCAGAUAGACCAAGUUGCUCAGGAACAGUUGAUCGAAAAGUACAUGCAGUUGCCCAAUCAGGUGUGGGAUGACAUUAUCUCCCAAGCAUCUCAUAAUGUUGACAUACUGAAAGACCCGGAGGCUGUCAAGCAGCUCGUCAGCAUCCUGAAGACGAAUGUGCGCGCGUCGCGAGCACUGGGCCAUCCCUAUGUCGUUCAGCUCGGCAGAAUAUACUUGGACAUGCUGAAUGUUUACAAGGUAAUGUCAGAAAAUAUCAGCCAAGCCAUUGCCCUGAAUGGCGUUGUCGUUAUCAAGCAACCUCUCAUCAAAGAUAUGAGAAUAAUCAAAAAGGAAACCUUGAAGCUGAUCGCCGGAUGGGUCUCUCGCUCCACAGACAAUAAUAUGGUGUUAGAAAACUUUAUACCACCACUUCUGGAUGCAGUGCUACUAGACUAUCAAAGAACAGCAGUGCCGGUGGCCAGAGAGCCAGAAGUGUUGUCUUGUAUGGCAGCCAUUGUAUAUAAACUGGGGGGGCAUAUAACUUCUGAAGUGCCUAAGAUAUUUGAUGCAGUGUUUGAAUGCACCUUGGAAAUGAUAAACAAAGAUUUUGAGGAGUACCCGGAGCACAGAACAGAGUUCUUCCUGCUGCUGCAGGCUGUCAAUACGCAUUGUUUCAAAGCAUUCCUAAGUAUACCACCAGCUCAGUUUAAGUUGGUGUUGGAUUCCAUCAUAUGGGCAUUUAAACACACGAUGAGAAAUGUAGCGGAUACGGGCUUACAAAUUUUGUACAGAUUACUACAAAAUGUUGAACAACAUCCGCAAGCCGCACAGAGCUUCUAUCAGACAUACUUGUGUGAUAUACUGGAACAUGUGUUCAGUGUUGUUACAGACACCUCCCAUGACGCUGGUCUUACUAUGCAUGCUACUAUUUUGGCAUACAUUUUCUCACUAGUUGAGACUGGAAGAGUAUCAGUUCCCCUCGGUCGCACCCCUGAUAAUGUUCUAUAUAUACAGGAAUAUGUGGCUAACCUUCUAAAAACUGCAUUCCCGCACUUGACUGAGAAUCAAAUCAAAAUUACUGUCCAAGGUCUGUUCAAUCUCGAUCAAGAUAUUCCUGCCUUUAAAGAUCAUCUCAGAGACUUCUUAGUUCAAAUAAGAGAGUACACGGGCGAGGACGACAGCGAUCUGUACCUGGAGGAGCGACAGUUUGCCCUCAGCCAGGCCCAGGAGGAGAAGCGGAGGGUGCAGCUGUCCGUGCCGGGCAUCAUCAACCCGCACGAACUCCCCGAGGAGAUGCAGGACUAAUGUUAAGUGUACCAGUGUAAGGCAACGGUAACAGUUCAUUCAAAUGCAAAAACUGUUUAGGAUAAAUAUAUUUAUGAUAGUACCUCGGCGGUGUAUAAAAUUGAUCUGUCAAAAUUUUCUGCAAACAGUCAUUGUAUAUUGUUUGUGUGCUAGAGAUUUAUGUGUAGACAUUUAAAAUUAAAUUUGAUACACUAAAAAUAAUUAAAAAGGAAAUCGUUAAAAUGCGUAAUUUUUUUAUUUAUCUGCUUUAUCAAUUUUAUGUAAUAAAUUGGAGUAAUCAUAAUUAUUACUAGGUUCCUCUGAAAAAAUAUUUGAUAUGUCCUAUUUUUGUCUUCAAAAAAAUACCCAUUACAUAUUUUUCUGUGUCGUAGAUAAAGGACAUGCCUCUCUGCUCAGAUGAUAAUCAACAACCUAUUAUUAUUGAGCAUAUAAAAUAUAAAUUACUAUAAUUUGAAGCUAUAGCACAAAAUAAUAAAAGGAAUGUCAAUGUCAUGCGCAAGUCCCACUUGCACUUGGCUGGGUUUUUUAAAAUUAAAAUAUGAAGUUACAGAAUAGUAGCGACAUAGUAAAUGUUAUCACAAAAAUUCAGGACAUAUAAUGUUACUAAAUCAUUUGUGAUGCAGUUUUGUGAUACGUUUCACUUUAUAAUUUUUAACCAAAAAUAAAAUAAGUAUGGAAUAUAUUUUCAAACAUUUUUUAGAAAAGAAUGUUGAUAUGAAUACAAAUUCAAUAAAAUUAUCUUACUUCAUUCUUUAAUUUCAUUGUUUAAUCCACAAUCCACAUUAAUAUUUAGUGGUAAGUGCACGUAACGACUGUAAUAUAAUGUUUAAAUGUAAUAUUACAGUUAAUCUAUUUAAUAAUUUGUCUUAAUUUUUAUUAUCUGAGUAACUUGGCCACGUUUGCCUGUCGAUUAGCGCGUAAUAACACUAUGUUCAAUAUUGGCAUAUUAUGGCUCCUUUUUCUAUUGUAGCACUGAUUGUUCCGACAUGUGGGAGGCGUGAAAUAACAGUCUACUACUGCAGAUAAACUGUCCACAGUAAUCCCUUAAUUUACGUCACAACAUUAUUAGAUUACUCAGUUACAUCUGUUGUAUAUCGGCCACAAACCUGGGUUAAUAUAUAAAAUGAUCGUAGGGGAUUGUAUUGAAAUGAACUGUUGCUUCGUGGAGUAGAGAUCUUGUGCUACGCCUAAAUGUAACUUUGUUAUGCUAGUAUGUACAAAGGGUCGCCUGUGUUUGUGGAAGAUGAUGUAUGCAAGUGAGGUAUCGACCGGUCUCAGUGGUGUUGUUUAGCGAGCACAAGAGGUAGUGUAUGGCCUUUUUAUUACCGUUAGAAAGGAAAUCGUGCGUUGUACAGUACGGCGGAGUAAAUUCCAGGGGAGUAUUUCACGUUUCGAAUAACCCUAUCGUUGUAGGUAUUGAAAUCUUUGUGACGGAUAUCUGUUGGUCAACAUGCGCGCUAUGGAAUCUUAAGUAUUAUAAGUAGCUCCUAGGUAAAACUUUAUUAAGUGAAUAAUUGCUGUUAGUAAUAUCUUUUUUAUGUUUUGUUUAAUAUUGUCAUAACUAACUCGACAACUUGGAGUCUAAGAAUAGAUUUCUAAAUGCUUUUGGGUCCGAUUAACUGUGGAGUCUUUUAAUUUUGUGUUUGAAAUAAACAGAUAAUAUAACAUUA